GACGUUUUCUCUGUUCUCUUUCUGCUGCGCCUGACAACAGACAAAGACCAGAAAGAGAUAGAGAGAGAGAGAUGGAGUGAAAAGGAAGGUGAAGGAGACGAAAGGGGUUUUAGGUUUUUUGUGGGUUUUCUACUGCAUUUUGUGGGGAAGGAAGGCAGAGUGGGGGGGAAAAAAUGACGCAGACGCCACCGCCACAGCCGCAGCAGGGGAUGCUGAUGAACACUCCUCCGGGAAACGUCACCACCGAGCAGAUUCAGAAGUACUUGGAUGAUAACAAGCAGUUGAUCAUGGCUAUCCUAGAGCAUCAGAGUGUUGGGAAGUUUGCUGAAUGUUCCUCUUUGCAAAACCAGCUACAACAGAACCUGAUGUACCUAGCUAAGAUUGCUGAUGCUCAGCCACCACCACCACAGCCACAAGGGACAGCACCACCAGCACCAAAUGUUCAGAUGGCGCCGGUGCAACAGGAGCAGCAGCAACAACAACAACAACAACAUUACAUUCAGGCAUCCCAGGGUCAAAUUGAAUGGUCGCAGCAGCAGCAGCAGCAGCAGCAAAUGUACCAUCAAGCUCCUCGGCAUCCUUUUCAGAUGAACGACCCUAAGCAACAGCAACAACAGCAGCAGCAUUCCUAUCAGAGAUAAGGAAAACAUGUCGUCCUAGCGUCUCACGUGUGUUCCGAGUACUUUAGUUUCAAGGUUGCGAUUCAAUGGGCACCAGUAUAAGCCUGGACUCUCACUUUGCUUUGUAUUGAAGUGCGCCAAAACUUAUAUCCCAUUUUAGGCUAACCCCAUGGUUGUUCCCCGUUUGUUUGACAUUAAUUCAUAUCCUGUUGAUUUGUGAAGCAACAUUGGGUUUGGCCGAAUGGUUCGAUUUCAAUAUCCAAAACCCAACUACGCACUAGAGGCUGGGCUAAUUUUGUGGCUAACCCAUAGUCAGAGAAAUUCAAGGCAAGGCAGGAAG